CGCUCCCAGGUGUUUGUAACGCUGACGCGCAUUUACACCUUUCGGAGUCACUGUUCAUCCGUGUACCUGACAGGAAUCUGAAACCAGCAAAAUUCAAACUGACAGAACAUUGGAAUAAACCCAUUGGAAUAAACCAUAGGACUUGCUUUUGAAUCCAUUCCUUCUCUGUAAUUGAAAAUGAGCAGCCGACGGCGGCGAUGCAAGCGUCAGCUGAUCAAAUUUACUCAGCAUAUUACUCGAUUAAUCACAGGAACUCUGAACUCAGAUAAUGAGGAUGAAGAACAAGAGAGCACAACAGUGCGGUAUCACCCGGAAAAUCUGGAGCAACUGCAGUUGCAGACCCAUUUCUCCAGACAAGAGCUGCAGUUACUCUAUAGAGGAAUCAAGAAUGAUUGUCCAAGUGGAGUUGUGAAUGAGGACACAUUUAAAAACAUCUAUGCUCUGUUCUUCCCACUGGGAGAUUCAUCAAAAUAUGCUCAGUUUCUUUUCAAUGCAUUUGAUAAAGAUAAGAAUGGCUCUCUUAGUUUUGAGGAGUUAGUUUGUGAUCUCUCAGUUUUGUUGAGAGGCACUACAGAAGCGAAGUUGAACUGGGCCUUCAAUCUAUAUGACAUCAACAAAGAUGGUCAGAUUACUAAAGAGGAAAUGUUAGAUAUAUUGAAGUCUAUUUAUGAUUUGAUGGGGAAAUCUAUCCAUCCACGACUUAAAGAGGAGGCAUUAUGGCAGCACGUCAGAAUUUUCUUUCAAAAAAUGGACAUAAACCAGGAUGGUGUAGUAACUAUUGAUGAAUUCAUUGACUGCUGCCAAAAAGAUGAAAAUAUAAUGCAGUCUCUUAAGAUUUUUGACAAUGCUGUCUAGAUUUUAGUCAGAAAAUCCACCCUAAGCACUUGGACAUUUCUUGAUAUAUAAUACUCAUUGUUAUAAUGCCAGCUUUUCUGUACUGCUGUUCUUGCUCUUGACAACUCAGGACUGCUCUGGACUACUCGGGACUGCUCCAGAUUGUCUUUUGUGAACUGACUGCUGAAUGUAUACAUACUGUGGUAGAAAUUUGGGACUCUAGUGUGAUGCAAAUAUAAGUGCAAUGUUACUUAUAAACACAACAUCAGUGUUACUGUAUUAUAAUGUGCUUCUGUGGUUACUGACCUGGCUCAUAUUUGGCAUAGCCUAGCUGUUUCAUACUGACUCUUUCACACAUUUUCAAAGAAACUUUAACCCUAAACUUUUUAAUAUUUAAUUCAAUAGAUAAAUAAUUUAUGCUAGACUAGGAUGACUCCUCAACGUCAAGCUAGAACCAUGUUACUCAAGUGGGCAACGGGUCUUUUCUGUUCUUUCUUUCUUUCUUUCUUUCUUUCUUUCUUUCUUUCUUUCUUUCUUUCUUUCUUUCUUUUCUUCACUUUUCUUUCUUUCUUUCUUUCUUUCUUUCUUUCUUUCUUUCUUUCUUUCUUGGCAGUGGUUAGUCUGUGAUAUCUCUUGUGGAGAAGACUGAAUGAAGUUUAUUGAACAAACAAAAGUGACACUAUAAAACUAAGGGGAACUAGAAACAAAAAUACACUGAAACUUAGUUUAAUGAUGUAACACAUUGCCAUAUGUGAAAUUCCAGUAGUUAGCGAAACUGUAUAGGAUGUACCGUAUGGACAAGGUAACACUAUUUAUAAUAGCAUAGUAUAUCUCUGAUAAGUCAAUAAUUAACAUUAAAUAAUGCUAACUAGUAAUGCUAUAGGACUUUUAAUAUAUAUUUAACUAAUUGACAGUUUAAAUACAGUUUAAAUGUAUUUUGUUGUUUGGGAUGUCGUGGCCUAGUGGUUAGAGAGUUUGACUCUAGG